CCAAUCGGGGUGGAACAUCGUUGAGCACGGUUGUCUUCUUGACUUGAUUGCAGGCGUCUUCAAUUGUGGUGGCAGACGUAGAUGCAGCUCGGUGGCGGUGGAAGUUGUUUUUCGUGUUGGAAGGGCGUAAUGGAGGGCUGCAAUGUUGAUGGUCGUGCUCUGCUGUCGACGAUGGAGAAGACAGCUGUCGUGGCGGCUGUGGUUGUCGUUGUCCGUCGAUUCCAAGUCGAGAGGGCGGCUGGGCGCAUGAAGGCAACACUUUCGAGGCAGCGGCAGAGGCUUCUGCUGGACAAGAUAUCGAGGCCGACAGGGGCGUGGAAACACGUCGUGCUACGGGCGUUCCUGGACAAGGGUUUUCCCAACUGCCAUGGCGCAGUUGACUGCACACACAUCUACGUGGACAAACCGGCGAACGUGGCGAGCGAGAACUACUUUGACCACAAGGACCAUUUCUCUGUCAUUGCGCAGGUGUUGGUGGACCUGGAUCUGCACGUGCUUAAUGUGUUCGUUGGAUAUCCGGGGAACUGCUAUGACAUUAGGGUGAUCCACCUGUCAAGUCUGUCCGCGUGCGCGGAAGAGGGAAUGCUGUUUCGUGGGCCGCCUGUCACGCUGCCGGGAGGGGUGAGGACGAACGGAUACAUUUUGGGUGACAACGGGUAUCCUCCUUCUGAAUGGGUGGUGGUUCCAUAUGGAGGAAUCAAUCAGCACCCAGACGAGGAAAGGUUCGACACGAAGCAGAAGGUCGGAAGAGGGGCUGUUGAGAGGGCGUUAGGGAGGUUGAAGGGGAUGUGGGGGCUCUUCCUGCGGACGCACAAGACGAACCUCGACACUCUACCGCAACAGUUCACGGCCGUCUGCAUUCUUCACAACAUCCUGCUCGACACCGGUAUCGAGUUCGACGAGAAUCUGUUGUGGGAGGUCGACGAGAACGGGGUGAGGAGCCGACUGGACCUGGGGAUUCAUCAUGCCACCCGCCAGUGACGAUGUUGACUUCGACGCACGCGGCACACGCGCUCCGCAAUGCGCUGGUGGAGCGAAUGAAACACAUGUGAUCCA